GUGAACCCAUUAUCAGCCCAUGAAGUUUUCCUGAUAGUAUUUUUUUGUGAAGAGAAGUGCCUCACAGGAAGGAAGAACGCGUUAUGUAAACAGUUUUUAUCUUGAUGAGAAAGCUACAUGGCUGCAUCUCCGCCCCGGAUCACACCCACCCAGCCUCAAAACUCCAACAAUGACACCGACUCUCACAAAGUCCUGAUCGAGGAAGGUCGAGCUUUUAAAAGAAAGAUCACAGCUGGAUAGUGAAUCAGAAAGUGGCAAGAGUCAAGAGGAAACUCCUGCACAAGACGAAAUGAACGUGAGGAGAUUCUGCAGGGAAGAUGUCUUAUCACAGUAAGGAAUUCAUGGAUCAUGUUGCCUUCGUGCCUCCUCUGGCUCUCCACGGCAUCUCCAUGGAUAACAGCGGUGCGCACUACAGAGACGCGCUCCGGCUCGGACUGCCCUUCCACCUGGACGCUGCCUACCUGGACCCCGGCCAGAGGUCCCCCUACAGACGCUUGUCAUACUUCCCCUUCGGUGUGUGUGAUUAUUCCUUCGAGCCCGCGUUUAUCCGCAAAAGGAACGAACGGGAGCGCCACCGGGUGCGCUGCGUAAACGAGGGUUACGCGCGUCUCCGGGAGCAUCUGCCGCAAGAGUUUGAGGACAAACGGCUCAGCAAAGUGGAGACUCUGAGGGCGGCCAUCGACUACAUCAAACACCUGCAGAAACUUCUGGACAUGAACGUCUCCGGGAUGCAGAUGUCGCUUGGAGACAACCAGAGGACAGAAUGCAACAGUGAUGGAGAGUCCAAAACCAGCCUGAGCGACAGCGGGGACGCGGUUUACUAGAUGUUUCUCUCAAAAACCUGCUGAAUAUUACACGAAGAAGGAGGAAAAAGACACAAAAGUGAAAAGACAGUGUAAGACAACGUUCUGUUCUUACAGUCGAGAAUAAAAUCUACUGUAAAUGAGCUUUAAAUUGACCUUGAGUUUCUGCUUUUGUUGUUAACACACAGCAAACAUCAG